UGCGGGUGCUAUACAAAGCAUUUGGCGGGUUUUUCCGGGCUGCUCUGCUCUGAUCCUGUCCUUGAGAUGUUCAGUGGUGGCUUUUAGGAAGCUGGACGUUCUCCCCAGGAAGACGACUUCUCAAGAUUUCUGCUCUCUUCCUUCAGGCGUUUGGGGGCUUCAAAAAAAAGAAAAAGAAAACGUGUUUCUCCGUGACUGACGGCUGGGGCCUUCUGACGGCCUGAGGUUUUGGGCCAUUUGGUCACUCUCCGUCUCGGUCCCUCGGAGGGUGAAAGGAUCAGAGGGACCUCGUCCUGCUCAUCGAUCUCCACGCCUGUGGGUUUCUUGGCGUCAGGUCGGAGCUGGGUGGGCCCGGCCCCGGCCCCGGCCCCCCUCCUGGGUCAUCAUGGCCGUGUCCGCCCAGCUCUUGGUGGAGGAGUUGGAGAUCUUCGGCCUAGAAUGCGAGGAGGCUCUGGUUGAGAAGUUGAUAGAGCUGUGUGUUCUGUAUGGACAGAAUGAGGAGGGAAUGGCCAGCGAGCUUAUAGCCUUCUGCACCAGCACACAUAAAGACUGCCUCACCUCAGAGACCCUGAACUCUUUUGAGCACGAGUUUCUGAGCAAAAGAUUGUCCAAAGCCAGGCUCGGUGCCUCCAAGGACAGUGGGCAUGCGGGAGCCAGAGACAUUGUUUCCAUACAAGAGCUAAUUGAAGUGGAGGAGGAAGAGGAGACCCUCUUGAACUCUUACACCACACCCUCUAAGGGUUCUCAGAAGCGAGCUAUCUCCACUCCGGAAACCCCUCUCACAAAAAGGAGUGUGUCUACUCGAAGCCCCCAUCAGCUGCUGUCACCAUCAAGUUUCUCUCCAAGUGCUACUCCCUCUCAGAAAUACAGCUCGAGAAGUAACCGAGGAGAAGUGGUUACCUCCUUUGGCUCGGCACAGGUGCUAUCUUGGUCCGGGAGAGAAGGAGCCAGUAACAUCAGCCUGAAGGUCUUGGGGUAUCCAGAGCCACUAACCGGGAGCUACAAAUCCAUGUUUCAGAAGCUCCCAGACAUUCGAGAAGUUCUGACCUGUAAGAUAGAAGAACUUGGCAGUGAACUCAAGGAGCAUUACAAGAUUGAGGCUUUUACUCCUGUUCUAGUCACAGCACAAGAGCCCGUCACCCUGCUGGGCCAGAUUGGCUGUGACAGCAACGGGAAGCUGAACCACAAGUCGGUGAUUCUUGAGGGAGAUCGGGAACAUUCCUCAGGCGCUCAGAUUCCAGUGGAUCUAUCUGAGCUGAAAGAGUACUCUCUGUUUCCCGGACAGGUUGUGGUUAUGGAAGGAAUCAACACCACUGGUAGAAAACUUGUUGCCACCAGACUCUACGAGGGCGUGCCACUUCCGUUCCAUCAGCCCACUGAAGAGGAUGGAGAUUCUGAGCAAAUCAUGGUCCUGGUGGCCUGCGGGCCAUACACCACAUCUGACAGCAUCACGUUUGACCCCCUGCUCGACCUGAUCGCCAUCAUCAACCGCGACCGGCCCGACGUCUGCAUCCUGUUUGGACCUUUCCUGGAUGCUAAGCAUGAACAGGUAGAGAGCUGUCUGCUGACAAGCCCAUUUGAAGAAGUUUUCAAGCAAUGUCUACGAACGAUUAUUGAAGGGACACGAAGCUCCGGCUCACACCUCAUCUUCGUCCCGUCACUGAGAGACGUGCACCACGAGCCCGUGUACCCACAGCCGCCCUUCAGCUGCUCCGACCUGCUUCGGGAGGACAAAAAGCGAGUGCAGUUUGUGUCCGAGCCCUGCACGCUCUCCAUAAAUGGAAUGAUCUUUGGCUUGACAUCCACCGAUCUGCUGCUCCACAUGGGGGCUGAGGAGAUCAGUAGUUCUUGCGGAACUUCAGACAGGUUCAGCCGAGUACUCAAGCACAUCCUGACCCAGCGGAGCUACUACCCGCUCUACCCUCCCCAGGAGGACAUGGCCUUUGACUACGAGAAUUUCUAUGCCUAUGCACAGCUGCCCGUCACCCCCGAUGUCUUCAUAGCCCCUUCAGAGCUGAGAUACUUUGUGAAGGACAUCCUUGGCUGCAUCUGUGUGAAUCCCGGGCGCCUCACCAAAGGGCAGGUGGGGGGCACCUUCGGCCGACUCUACCUCAGGAGGCGGGCCGCGGGCGCCGAGGGCAGGCGGAGCCCCUGUACUGCCGCCCAGGUGGUCAGGAUCUGAGGCCCGGUCCUCUGUCAUCCCCGGUCGUGCGGGCCUCCCAGACGCCGAGAGCCCGGGAGUAGACCUCUGCCGAGAUCCCACCCGUGGAAGGAGAGGGGUCAGCCAGCUGGGGAGGACGGGGCUGCGGGCAGGGGGCCCAGCAGGAAGACCUUGGGCAGCUGGAUCCCUGCUCCGCGUCGAGCUUCUCUGGAAGAAAGCUGCUGUUUCUUCACGGACACUAGGAGCCCAGCGAGAACUGGCCGUGGACGCAGUACGCUCAGGAAGGUCAAGGCUUUGCGAUUUCCUACUGAGUCAGACAUAGAAACAACUUUUGGAGAUAUGAGAGUAAAUUCUGUCUUUUGAGUUUAAUCUUUCUUCCGCUCCAUCUUUUUCCUGGUAGUGAACAAAGAAUGUUGCCCUCCUGGACCUCUGUGCAGAGAAGGCAGAGCGUCUGUCACGCUGGGUUCCGCCCAGCCCCAGCCCCGAUCCUCCUAAGGCUGCUCCCAAGGCCCCCGCGGCCUCUGUGCUGAGGAGGCGCUGGGCUCGGGCCACGGAGCGAGCAGCUGGCUGCGGGCCGGGCCCGCCCGGCGCGGUCCUCGCCGGCCCGCUGUGGUCCCAGCCUGACCCCUCCGUCGGGAGGGGCCGGCCUCCCAGAGCUGGAUUCCCUGGCGCUGGCUCGGCCGAGUCACCAGCGGCCUGGGGCUCACCUCUAGCCCAGAACACUUGGAAGGCCGGGCCUUGCAGGGUCCCCGACACGUCCCCGCACCUGUGUGUCCUGGCAUCUGGGGAGAGGCUGUCGCUGGCUAAACGUGGAGUGGGUUUCUGCCCUAAGCUGGCGGCCGUCCUGUCUCACAUGCCAAAGCCGAGGCUGGAGACCUGCAGCUGUCGGGGCCGAGGGAGCAGCCCGUGCCGAUGCCUUGAGUCAGAGAUAAAUAGGUAACCUGACUGUCCAACCUUUGCCUUCCUCCUCUGAUGGGGAAGUGGGAUCAACCACAGGUCGAACCGGGCUUGGGU